AAAUCGGAUUAAAUCGUACUUCCACAACUGUCCUCGACUAUUUCUUCGUUUUCGGUUAUGGCGAUUAAGCUCUAUCUUCUUCUUUCUCUCUUCUCGUUAGCUGCAGGCAAUGUAGUCCGCGCGACCCAAUUCACACUCCAAAACCGUUGCAGUUACACGGUCUGGCCGGGAACUCUCUCCGGAAACGGCGCUGCAAUUCUCGGAGAGGGCGGUUUCGCAUUGGCUCCGGGUACAUCGGUCCAGUUCACCGCCCCUCCCGGCUGGUCCGGCCGGUUCUGGGCACGAACUGGCUGCACCUUCGACGACUUGGGAAACGGAAAAUGCGUCACUGGCGACUGCGGGUCGCUAAAAUGUGCCGGCGGUGGCGCGCCUCCCGUGACGUUGGCGGAGUUCACGAUCGGGUCCAACCCGGGGGACAAGGACUUUUAUGACAUCAGCCUGGUGGACGGUUACAAUGUGGGCAUGGGGUUGUGGGCCACCGGCGGAACCGGCGACUGCCAGUACGCGGGAUGCGUGGCGGACUUGAACGGCCGCUGCCCGGCGGAGCUGCGGGUGAUGGAUGCGGGUUCGGGGGCGGUGGUGGCUUGCAGGAGCGCGUGCGCAGCGUUUAAUACGCCAGAGUUUUGCUGCACCGGGGAGCACGCGACGCCGCAGACUUGCUCGCCGACGCAGUACUCGGAGAUGUUCAAGACGGCGUGCCCCACAGCGUACAGCUACGCCUAUGACGACGCUUCGAGCACUUGUACCUGUUCCGGGUCGGACUACUUGAUCACAUUUUGCCCAAGCGGGUCAUCAUAAACUAAUGAUCAAUUAAUUAUUAAGUAUAUUGGUAUAAAUUAAAUUUUAGAUAAGGGAGUGAAGGACCCUUAUGCUUAUGGGGUUUAGAAUAUUAAUUGAUUAGUGUUGCGUAGCAAAUUGAUUAUGGUUUAAUCAAAUUAUAGAGUACUUUUAUAUUAUGUUAUUUUUUCGAAUCCUCGAUUUCACGAACGA